AUGCAUGGUGCAGUCAGAAAGCUGCAGUACUGGAGGCUGUAUCUGCUGACGCUGGUCCUGGGGAUUGGGGGAUCGUUUCAGUAUGGCUUUCAAGUUUCUGUCAUCGCUUCUCCGGCAGUGCACGUUCAGAGUUUUGUGAACCACACAUGGAUGCUGAGGUACCGAGCUCCAGUGGCUGAUUCUACCAACCAGCUCAUCUGGUCCUUCAUCGUGGCUGUGUUGAGUCUUGGAUCCUGGGCAGGCGCCGUUCACAGCGGCAGCCUUCCCGUCACUUACGGCCGGAAAAAAGCUCUGCUGUUCAGCAACACCGUGGGGAUCGUAGCCGCUCUCCUAAUGCUCUUCAGCCGCAUGGCCAAAUCUUUUGAGAUGGUCUUGCUGGGAAGAUUUCUCUCCGGAUAUAAUGUUGGCCUUGGCCUGAGCGUGCACCUCAUGUACCUCGGGGAGAGUUCUCCAAAGAAACUGCGAGGUUUCCUGACUCUCACGACCUCAAUCUUCGUCGGAUUUGGAAAAGUCAUGGGUCAAAUAAUUGGCAUCAAGGAGAUGAUGGGCACAGAAGAAAUGUGGCCAUAUCUCUUAGCUGUUAGUGGCAUUCCUGCCAUCCUGCAGUCUGUGACGCUGCUGUUCUUCCCUGAGGCACCACGAUACCUUUACAUUGACAAAGGAGACACUGAAGGCACCAGGAAGGCCUUGCAGUGGCUGUGGCAGCACGACGACUUAAAGCAGGAGCUGGACGACAUGCAGAAGGAGCGAGAGAGCGCACGGGGACAGAGGGCAAAGACUGUGAAGGACGUCCUCACCUCCCGCUGUGUGAGAUGGCAGCUGCUGACUCUGGUCGUCCCCUGUGCUGGUGUCCAGUUCUGCGGCAUCAACGCCCUGUAUUUCUACGCCUUCGACAUCUUCCGUGAGUCAGGGGUGCCAGAGGACCAGAUGCAUUACUUGUCCAUCGGUCUUGGAGCAACAGAGCUCCUCACUGUGAUGCUGUGUUCUUUCCUGAUAGAUCGUGCUGGCAGAAAGAAGCUGAUGGGGUAUGGCUAUCUAUUUAUGGGCGUCACCAUGUCCAUACUUACUGUAACGCUGUCCUUCAAGGACCUGAACUCAUGGAUCCCGUACGUGAACAUCGCCCUGAUCUUUUGCGUCAUCUGCAUUUACGGGCUUGGACCUUCGGGAGUGUCUAUGACUCUCCCUGCCGACCUCUUCCUACAAGCCUGGCGACCUUCUGCCUAUGUGAUCAGUGGGACCAUCAGCUGGCUGAGCAUGUUCCUUGUGGGUCUGUUGUUCAGCUACGUUGUGGAUGGACUCGGCCAGUUCUGCUUCCUGAUUUUUGUGGCUUACACUUUUCUCAGUGCAGCAUUUCUUUUAUAUUUUGUCCCAGAGACCAAAGGAAAGACAAUGGUAGAAAUUAUGGAGGACUUCAGCAAAUUGAAUUACAAGAAAAGAGGCGCUGACAUUGAGAUGACUGGCACUGAUCUAACAACUAAAUUAUAA